CCGAUACUGCUACGUACGUACGUAAUGACGUCAUCUCUAUCAUCCGCCGCCGCUGCUGCUUGUUGCAAGAGAGGCGGUGGUAGCAGUAGCAGCAAUCCUCCUCCUCCUCCGGUGGCUCGAGUAAUUAGCAGCAGCAGGCGCAAGGUUGUCUUGUUGUUGUCCGCAGCGGCAGUGGUGCCGGCGGGGGCUGGGGCGGGGCAGGCGUCCACCCCAUACUCCCAGUCCCAGUCUCAGCAGCAGUUUGGUCUCGACGCCAAAGGGAGGAUUAGGGCGUGCCCGUCGACCAAUCCCGGAUGCGUCUCCACAAACCCCACCGUCGGCGCAUCUUGCUCCUUGGCGUCGCCGCUCAUCGUCCCCGCUAACACUAAUACGAUGCCCGACAAGGCCGCGGCUGCUGCCUCGUUGCUGCGUCAGGCGAUCCUCAGGACGCAGAGGAACGCGGUGAUCAAGGCCGACGAGGACACGCCGUAUGGCCACUACAUCCAGGCGGAGGUCGACGGCGGCCUCACUCUCACUGGUGCCGCCCGCGACGUCAUGGAGUUCCUCCUCAAGGACGACAAGCGCCUGGACGAUUCCCAGUUGCUCGCCACCUACCGAUGCGUCGCCACCAGGGUCACCUUCGUCUACCCCUUCACCACCGCCGUCGGCGACUCCAAAGGCCAGACCCAGAGGAUCGCCGCCGUCUUCCAGGACCUCGGAUGGUACGCCCCAGACCUGCUCAACGCCGCCGACGCCACUAACGACCACUAACUUCUUCUUCUUCUUCUUCUACCUCAACUUGCUCUACGUUGUUUUUCUGUAUAA